GCAGGCUAGCCGUACGCACUGGGAAGGAAGAUAGCGGCAACAAUAUGGCGACAUCCGCAGUUUCUCAUGGGUCUUUUAAACAUUCGUAGGCACGCAAUAUCUACGUGGAUCGCUCUUAAUGCGGAAAAAGUUCCUGCCUCUCCCGUCCUCUUCUUAGAGCUGGCUGUCCUGAAUGGCUUCUAAAUAAAGAGGGCUCUGCUGCAGGAUGACAAUAUGGCCGCGCAGCUGCUCGCACCUCCAGGCCCCGACAGCUUCAAGAGGUUCACCCCUGAGUCGCUGGCCAACAUCGAGAAGCGAAUCGCCGAGGAGAAAAAGAAGAAGCCUGUUAAGCCCAGAUCUGACAGCAGUCACCGUGAUGACGAUGAUGACAACAAACCCAAGCCUAGCUCUGACCUGGAAGCGGGGAAGAGCGUCCCUUUUAUUUAUGGGGAUGUCCCUUCGAACAUGUUGGCCGUGCCCCUGGAGGACUUGGACCCCUACUAUAUAAACGAGAAAACCUUUAUAGUGCUUAACAAGGGGAAAACGAUCUUCCGUUUCAGUGCCACGCCCUCAUUAUAUAUCAUUAGCCCUUUUAACCUAUUUAGGCGAAUAGCAAUUAAAAUUUUGAUACACUCACUUUUCAGCAUGAUCAUCAUGUGUACAAUUUUGACAAAUUGUGUGUUCAUGACAUUCAGCAAUCCUCCAGAAUGGUCCAAACAAGUAGAAUACACCUUCACGGGUAUCUACACAUUCGAGUCACUCACAAAGAUUGUGGCUCGAGGUUUCUGUAUAGACGGCUUCACCUUCCUCAGAGACCCCUGGAACUGGCUGGAUUUCAUGGUCAUUUCCAUGGCGUAUAUUACAGAGUUUGUAAACCUAGGCAAUGUGUCAGCUCUGCGCACAUUCAGGGUGCUGAGGGCUUUGAAAACUGUUGCUGUGAUCCCAGGGCUAAAAACCAUUGUGGGCGCUCUGAUCCAGUCAGUGAAGAAGCUGUCAGAUGUGAUGAUUCUGACAGUGUUCUGUUUGAGUGUUUUUGCACUCAUCGGCCUGCAGCUGUUUAUGGGUAAUCUUCGGCAAAAGUGCGUCAUCUGGCCAAUCAACCAAACACAAUCCUUACUGGCUAAUGGGAGCAGCGGCUUUGACUUCAAUGAAUACAUCAUGAAUGAAACAAACUUCUACUUCCUGCCAGGCCAGUUGGAUGCUUUAAUAUGUGGAAACAGCUCAGACUCAGGGCGCUGUCCGGAGGGCUACACCUGCAUGAAAGCUGGACGCAACCCAAACUAUGGCUACACUAGCUUUGACUCCUUUGGCUGGGCUUUUCUUGCCCUCUUCCGACUCAUGACUCAAGACUUCUGGGAAAAUUUGUACCAACUGACUCUACGAGCUGCAGGGAAAACGUACAUGAUCUUUUUUGUGCUGGUGAUCUUCGUGGGUUCAUUCUACCUUGUGAAUCUGAUCCUGGCUGUGGUGGCCAUGGCUUAUGAGGAGCAGAACCAGGCCACCAUUGAGGAAGCUGAACAGAAGGAGGCGGAGUUUAAAGCCAUGCUGGAGCAACUAAAAAAACAGCAGGAGGAUGCACAAGCAAAUGCUAUGGCGACCUCAGCAGGUACAGUAUCUGAGGAUGCAGUAGAGGAUGACGGGGGAGGACAUCUGUCCCGCAGUUCUUCUGAGGUGUCUAAGCUGAGCUCCAAAAGUGCCAAGGAGCGAAGGAACAGAAAGAAAAAGUGGCGUAAAGAACAGGAAGAAAAAGGCGACACCGAGAAGGUAGUGAAGUCAGAAUCCGAUGACGGCAGCAAGAGGAGCCGCUUUCGAUUCCGAGACAACAGGCUUGGGCGAAAGGCCUCUAUUAUUAACCAGUCCUUGUUGAGUAUCCCCGGCUCGCCCUUCAUGUCCCGUCGCAGCAGUAUAUUCAGCUUCAAGGGCUCAGAGAACGAGUUCGCAGACGAUGAGCACAGCACGGUCGAGGAGAGCGAAGACCGGCGCGGAUCCCUUUUCGUCCCCUACAGACGCAGCAGCUAUAGCGGCUACAGCCAAGGUUCCUCACGCAUCAACCCGCUGGCGCCCCAUCCUGGCUGCAAAAGAAACAGCACGGUGGAUUGCAACGGUGUUGUGUCACUGAUCGGGCCUGGGACUGGCCGCCUACUGCCUGAGGUGAAAAUAGAUAAGGCAGCUUCCGAUGACAGUACCACAGAGGUGGAGGUGAAGAGAAAACAUUCAGGUUCUUUAAUGGUAUCAGUAGACCAGCUCAAUACCUCCUUUAGCCGGAAAGAGCGAGCCAACAGUGCGAUGACAGUUGUCACCAACACGCUGGUAGAAGAACUGGAGGAUUCUCAGAGAAAAUGUCCGCCUUUUUGGUAUAAGUUUGCCAAUACGUUCCUGAUAUGGGAGUGUUUCCCGCUCUGGAUGAAAAUAAAGGAAAUUAUGAACUUGAUAGUGAUGGAUCCAUUUGUAGAUCUGGCCAUCACAAUAUGUAUUGUGCUCAACACAGUCUUCAUGGCCAUGGAGCAUGACCCCAUGACAGAUCACUUUGCACAAGUGCUUUCUACUGGAAACCUGGUGUUCACAGGUAUCUUCACAGCUGAGAUGUUUGCCAAGCUGGUAGCCAUGGAUCCAUACUACUACUUCCAAGAGGGCUGGAAUAUCUUUGAUGGCUUCAUCGUGAGCUUGAGUUUGGUGGAGCUGCUGCUGUCUGAUGUGGAGGGGCUGUCUGUGCUCAGAUCCUUCAGAUUGCUGAGAGUUUUCAAGUUGGCUAAAUCAUGGCCCACUCUGAACAUGCUGAUAAAGAUCAUUGGUAACUCAGUGGGAGCUUUGGGAAACCUGACCCUGGUGCUGGCCAUAAUCGUCUUCAUCUUCGCUGUGGUGGGCAUGCAGCUAUUUGGGAAGAGCUAUAAAGAGUGUGUGUGUAAGAUUGCAGAAAAGUGUGAGCUGCCUCGCUGGCACAUGAACGACUUCUUUCACUCUUUCCUCAUCGUGUUCCGUGUGCUGUGCGGAGAGUGGAUCGAGACCAUGUGGGACUGUAUGGAGGUGGCAGGGCAAACAAUGUGUCUCACAGUCUUCAUGAUGGUUAUGGUCAUUGGAAACUUGGUGGUGCUGAACUUGUUCUUGGCCUUGCUGCUCAGCUCCUUCAGUGCUGAUAAUCUGGCAGCCACAGACGACGACGGCGAGUUGAACAACCUGCAGAUCUCAGUGAUUCGCAUCAAGAAGGGCAUCGCCUGGUUCAAAGUUCACAUGAGGCUUCUGAUAGCCCACGUUCUGAAGAAGAAACCUCUGGAGGACGAGGACAAACCUCUUGACGACAUGUUUGACAAGAAACUCAACAUUAUAGGCAACCACACUGGCGUGGACAUCAAAUGUGAUCUCAACUACCCCAAAAACGGUAACGGUACCACAAGUGGCAUCGGCAGCAGUGUCGGAAAGUACAUGAUCGACGAGGAACCCAUGUCCUUCAUACACAACCCCAACUUAACGGUUCGGGUUCCUAUCGCUGUGGGAGAGUCAGACUUUGAGAACCUCAACACGGAGGACUUCAGCAGCGAGUCGGAUGUGGAAAAUAGCAAAGAUCUGGAUGACACCAGCUCUUCUGAGGGAAGUACUAUAGAUAUAAAGCCGGAUGAGGAGGAAAUGGCCGCAGUAGAGGUGGUGGAGGAGUACUUGGACCCAGAGGCCUGCUGGACCGACGCUUGCAUUGCACGUUACAAGUGUUGUGACGUGCCCAUCACUGAGGGCUGGGGGAAGUACUGGUGGUUUCUAAGGAAAACCUGCUACCUCAUUGUUGAACACAACUGGUUUGAGACCCUCAUCAUUUUUAUGAUUCUGCUCAGCUCUGGGGCUCUGGCAUUUGAGGAUGUGUACAUUGAACAGAGGAAAACUAUCCAGAUCAUUCUAGGAUAUGCGGACAGUGUCUUCACAUACAUCUUUAUUUUGGAGAUGUUACUGAAAUGGGUGGCCUAUGGGUUUGUCAAAUACUUCACCAAUGCAUGGUGUUGGCUGGACUUCUUCAUUGUGGACGUGUCUAUAGUCAGCCUUAUAGCUAAUGCGCUGGGCUACUCAGACUUGGGCCCCAUAAAGUCCCUGAGGACUUUGAGGGCUCUCAGGCCCCUGAGAGCUUUGUCCCGGUUUGAGGGCAUGAGGGUUGUUGUGAACGCUCUGGUGGGUGCCAUUCCCUCCAUUAUGAACGUGCUGUUGGUGUGUUUAAUUUUCUGGCUGAUCUUCAGCAUCAUGGGUGUCAAUAUGUUUGCUGGGAAGUACCACUAUUGCUUCAAUAUGACCUCAGAGGAACUCUUUGAUGCUAAGCUUGUCGACAACAAAUCAGAAUGCCUAGGACUCAUCGAAUCAAACUACACUGAAGUCCGUUGGAAGAAUGUGAAGAUCAAUUUCGACAAUGUGGGCGCUGGUUAUCUGGCACUCCUGCAAGUGGCAACUUUCAAAGGAUGGAUGGACAUCAUGUAUGCUGCCGUGGAUUCCAGAGGGGUUAAUGACCAGCCAAUCUAUGAGGACAAUAUCUACAUGUAUAUAUAUUUUGUGAUCUUCAUAAUCUUCGGCUCCUUCUUCACUCUGAAUCUCUUUAUUGGUGUCAUCAUCGACAACUUUAACCAACAGAAGAAAAAGUUUGGAGGUCAGGAUAUCUUCAUGACAGAAGAGCAGAAAAAGUACUACAACGCUAUGAAGAAACUAGGUUCGAAAAAGCCUCAGAAGCCCAUCCCCAGACCGCUGAACCCAAUCCAGGGGAUGAUAUUUGACUUUGUCACCCAGCAGGCCUUUGAUAUCUCUAUUAUGAUUCUCAUCUGUCUGAACAUGGUAACUAUGAUGGUGGAAACAGAUGAUCAGACGAAGGAUACAGAGAACAUCCUGUACUGGGUAAACUUCAUAUUCAUCGUGUCUUUCACGGGCGAGUUUGUCUUGAAGCUAUUUGCUCUGCGACACUACUAUUUCACCAACGGCUGGAACGUCUUUGACUCCGUUGUUGUCAUUCUGUCCAUUAGUGGUAUGUUUCUGGCAGACCUGAUUGAGAAGUACUUUGUGUCACCAACCUUGUUCAGGGUAAUCCGUCUGGCUCGAAUCGGCCGCAUUCUGCGUCUCAUCAAAGGAGCCAAGGGCAUCCGGACAUUACUGUUCGCUCUGAUGAUGUCACUUCCUGCUCUGUUUAACAUUGGUCUGCUGCUUUUCCUCGUCAUGUUCAUCUUCUCCAUCUUUGGCAUGUCUAAUUUCGCCUACGUGAAGCGAGAAUUAGGAAUUGAUGACAUGUAUAACUUUGAAACCUUUGGCAAUAGCAUGAUCUGUCUAUUCAUGAUCACCACGUCAGCCGGCUGGGACGGUCUCUUAGCUCCAAUCUUGAACUAUCCGCCUGACUGCGACCCUAAUAAAGAGAACCCAGGAACAACUGUUAAAGGUGACUGCGGUAAUCCAUCAGUGGGAAUCUUCUUCUUUGUUAUGUACAUCAUUGUUUCCUUUCUGAUCGUGGUGAACAUGUACAUCGCCAUCAUCUUAGAGAACUUUAGCGUUGCCACUGAGGAGAGCGCCGAUCCGCUCUGUGAAGAUGACUUUGAGUCCUUCUACGAGAUAUGGGAGAAGUUCGAUCCGGAUGCUUGUCAGUUCAUCACCUUCGCCAAGCUGCCAGACUUUGCAGAUACGUUAGAGCAUCCUCUCCGUGUGCCAAAGCCAAACAUCAUUGAGUUGAUCGCCAUGGAUCUGCCAAUGGUAAGCGGCGACCGCAUACAUUGCUUGGACAUUCUGUUUGCCUUCACCAAGCGUGUGCUGGGUGACAGCGGCGACCUGGAUAUGAUGCGGCAGCAAAUGGAGGAGCGCUUCGUGGCGGCAAAUCCCUCCAAAGUUUCCUACGAGCCCAUCACCACCACGCUGCGCCGCAAGCAGGAGGAGGUGUCGGCCAUGGUGAUCCAGAGAGCGUACCGCUCGCACCUGGCGUCCCGGGGCUUCAUCUGCAAGCGCAGGCCUGCCAACAACAAACUUGAGAACGGAGGAGCCAAUCAGGAGAAGAAAGAAGGCACUCCCUCCACCGCAUCCCUGCCAUCUUACGACAGCGUAACCAAGCCUGAGAAGGAAAAGCAAGAUGACAACAACGAAGGAAAGGGACGCAAAGAGAAAGGCAGAAACCAAAAAGACGUCAGGGAAUCCAAGUGUUAAGGACGUUGAAACUCAUGGACAGUAUUAAUGAUCUUGACAAUAUAAUAAUGAAAAAACUGUAAUUUCAAGCUAAUGGAAACACUGAAUCCAAGUAUACAGAUGUACAGAUUAAAAACAAUAUUUAAGUAACUCAACAAAAAAAUUGUUUACAAGCGUCACAGGUGCAUCGAUGUGGAAAAAGCAUUGGGGUUCAUCAAAGCUUGAAGACUCUUAAAAGUUAAACCAAACAUAAUCAGCUUCCUAUGUGACACUGUUGCAUCAAGACUUGAUUUAAACAAAAUCAAAUACAAGUUUCAAAAGACUGAUACUUGAUCAAGCGUAUUUUAGAGGGCUAUAUCGCGCUUCAGUAUGGAACUCCUUACCGAGCGGGAAUGUGAUAAUCCGCACGGGAGAACAGGGAUUGACCGCCCUUACGAUCCCAUUCUUACGGACUGCGUCGUUCCAUGAAGAAACACUGCUUUCCAUGACAGAAUCGGCUUCCUGGAGUGGAUGGCGAAGGAGUCUGCAUCGUUUCAUUUCAUAAAUAUGUGUACUAACUUGAGAAAGUGUUGCGAGUGAGCCGUGAGCGUGAACAAAGCCUAGAGUCUGGCUAAAUCCAACGGCCUCUUUGCAUUUGCUAGCGUUGAAAAUCUUUUACAUCGUCUUUACAUUAUAUUUGAGCGGCAAAAAAGGAGAAGCGGGAGGAAAAAAUUCACAUUCUACAUUUUGCCCAUGUCACCCUGUGUCAUGAUAACUUUGUUAUACCUGCAUCAAAAGGCUUUUUCUACAUGGGCUUUCACACCGAUAGGAUCGGGGGCAAUAACCAGGGGCCCCCAAUACACAUCUCCAAAUGAAUAAUAAAUUAUUGUGCUUGUUCAAUGCAUAGAAAUGACUUGCAUGAUGGCAUGUUUUGAUCAGAAAUUUUGCAUGAAUAUUCAUAGUCCACGAAACACUAAUACUGACCACCACAGUGGCUUGAUAAUGUUUUAGGCUGUCCACUGGCUAAAUUUACUACCAGAAACUUGAUAGAGCAUAAUUUGAUACUGAUACAACCCAAUUGGCCUGUACAAACAUCUCCUCUACUUACAGUUACGAAGUAGACGAUUAAAUAGACAGAAUUUGGGAUGGUGCACAAUGCGUGUGACUUACAUUGAAACAAAUGCUAGCAUUGUGGCACAUUAUUGGAGAGAAAGGGAACAUCCCAUUUUUUGCUGCUCAGGAGAUAACGAAGGAGAAAAGUUGUGUGCGUAUGGAGACGGAAGGAAACGAUACAAAUAUGAACACUGUAAUUCCUAAAGCUUCUUAUUUUAUUUGUAUGCAGCAAUAUCGGUUACCUCACCUACGGCACUACCCACACCGCGGGUUAUAUUGUAGGUGGGUCCAGGGAGGGUCAAUAGGGCGGGGUGGGCAUAAUUAGGGGUGUAGCAAGUUGGUUGGCAUUUUUGAUCCUUAUCAGGGGUACGAUGAGAUGAGCUAUAACCGUUUCUGAGAAAGUGGCAGAUUUUAUUUUAGACGAACAUUACUUAAACCCAUUUUGCAGUGUAUCUGUUUUAUGUAUAAUAUGUCUCAUACUUGUUUGUCCCUAACUGAACUUUAUCUUUUUAUGAAGUCAUCACAUCUUCAGCAACGGUUUGAUUGUAGCCAGGGCAAGGACAUUGCGACUUGAGAUAGACAGCGAGCCAGUUUGGCAGUCACAGCUGUUAAAAGAGAAGCCAAAGAUGUUUAUUUCAUUAUUUAGUGUGUGUCUGGAAGUUCCUGGAAUGUUUCAGGGGAGGUAGAACCGAUCCCCUCCCGUAAAGCACUUUCAGACUAUUGCUUGAGCUUGAGCUUCCCCAUUCUUCUCAGGAUACAACACAGAUGUAUCAUUGUGACUCCGAUGUCAUGAAUAAGGGCCUUCACAUUGGGUCCCAAGAAUGUUUGUAAGAUGGGGCGGAGCUAAGGCAGGAGCACUCCCACCUUCUUAAACUCAUGGAAAGAAAAGCGCAGGGCUAUUUCACGUGGAGCUAACCCCAAGCAGCUUCGGAGUUUGUUAUUCUAGGUAUGAGCAAACCGCCUGGAGGCAAUGAGAAUCGAUGUGAAAAAUCAUGACAGUUUUGUUGUAUGGAACACAGGGCCUUUGAUUUCAACGUGCAGUUCUUCAACCCCUUGUCUGCCUUGUUUUUCAUUAGUAGACCACCACACUAAUGCCAAAUAACCAUUAGGCACUGGUCACACAGAUUAUUUACUGUGAGCCACGCAACUUCUACAUCAAAGCUAAUACAUUUUCCUUUUUUUGUGAUAUCAGCGGUUUACCCUUAACCCGUCACCUGAUGGUCCAGUUGCUGCAUGCGAGGGCGUUGACUUGAACCUAAACAAAAAGCUCAGCAAAGCUCAAACCAUUCUCAUUUAUGCAGCCACGCAGGCUCGAAUGUAAAAACGUAAAAAAAAAAAAAAAGAGAACAAAUCUAAACAAAUAACAGACCGUACAUUCAUUAUAAUAAAAAACGAGUUACAAAAAAUAUAUUGUACAGUAUAGGCUAUGUUGUAAGCUGCACAAAAUGCUGAAAAGUUAAGAAUGCACUUUUUAAGAGACUAUAAAUAAUGUAAUAUAUCAUUUUAUUUUAACGGCAUGCAUAGUUUUUUGUAAAUACAGAAGUACUUUACUGCUAUUACUCGAAUACCGAAAAGUAAUUAUAACCUUAUUAGAAUGGCUUCACUCAUUGCCCUGGUCUCACUUGUAGACCGUGACAUAUUUGUUAGAAGGUGUAGAUUUUUUUGAGACACUUCACAUUAAAGAGGGAAUUCCAAUAUAUGUUAAAAGCAAAAAGUAUAUAUAAAUCUAUACAGCACUCAAGACAUAUAUAGAGUUAUACACUACAUAUGUAUUUAUGUAUACAUGUAUAUGUACAUAUGUGUAUAUAUAUGCAGACGUAUACAUAUGUAUGUAUAUACGAUAAGAGAGCACUGUCCUACUCCAUGUUGACCUCAGCUUGGUGUUGAGGGGGUUAGCACCACUGGCUGUCAUUUGUUUGUUUACUUUUGUGCAAUACGUUCGGUGAACGACCAAAACGUCUGCCCUGGCCCGCACAGCGUGUGCGUGUGUAUUCGAUGGAGUGCAUGUCCGAGUGCUCGUGUGUAAGCACGCGCGGGUCCAGCUUUCAAUGCACGGUGAUGUACUGGCUGCUCGCUAUGGCUUAUGCCGCCUGUUUUCGGGAGGGGAAUGCACUACCAGCAAUUAAUUUACACCCUGUGUGAAAACAUCUUACCUCCCCUUCCACCCAACUGGCAUACAUAUGCACCAGAGGACACAUACACUUCCCUGUUUUCAUCUUCCAGUCUAAUCGCCAAAUGCCGUUAUCUUUCAGUCGGAGUCUGAGAGAGCGAGUGUGUGGGACGGGGUUGGGGGGAAGGUGUGUGACAGUUCGGUCACUUUAAAUGUGUGUACUGCAGCUUGACUCUAAAGCUUAGCUUGUUUUUCAUCUCUUAGAUACACAGCAAUGCAAUUUGCAGUUUAGGUUUGGUUAGGCUUUACCUUAUGCUUUUCUUGUCUUUGUACGUUUGUUUAAGGUGCCUUUUGAUGCGAGAUUUCGUUUGUUGACAAUGUAGAUGAUGUUGCAUAAAAUUCUCCUAAACAAGUGGAGCUUGUUUCAAAUGAGCACUGGGAGAAGAACUGAACUAAAGAAUGUCUGUGACAUCUAUUAAAAAGCAAAAAAGAAACAAAAAGACAAAAUCUAAAAAAAGACAAAAACAGAAAAAUGAAAAGAAAAAAAGAAAACUUAACUGGCAUCAGCCUGACUUCAUCAUCAGAGAUUGUCCGAUAGCAUGGGGCGAAAAAAUGGAGUCCAGCGGUCACUCGAUGAAUCUCUCAAAGGUCGAGUGUCUAGAAAGAGAUACAGUUUGACUUCUGUGCUCAGCUUCUGUUAAUUUUCAGCCACUUGUUUUUAUUUUUCUAUAAAGACUGAUUUCUGUCGAUUCUUUUGUAGCAUGACUGAGAUGCUAUUUCCUUCAUUUGCUGACAAUAUCUCAAGUGGUUUUUGGUUCAUAAUGUUGUACUUUAUCUCCUGCCACUGAUGUUGGAGGGGAGAGGGUGUGUUGCACAACCACUUGACUUAGCGAGAAUCUGUGAAAGAUUGUCUUCAUUUGAGCACGAAACCUUUUUCCAAACAAUAAAGCAGCCUUCCAGUUA